AAUUUCCAUAUAUAUAAAGCUCUUUUCACAUUCAUUCACUUAUGUAAACACCUCCCAAGUUCCUUGCAUCAACUACAACUUUUUUUGCACACUUAACCAUCUAACAAAGAAAACAGGAAAUUGGACCAACGUUCUUUAUUUUGGUUAGACUCUCAUUUGUUUCGGUUUUACACCAUUUUUACCCAUAAAAACCUUCCAAUAGUUAGCAAAAUUGCAGGGACUGUUAUUUGAUUUCCUUGUUUCCAGAAGAUUUGCCUUCUGCAGUUCAAACCCAUCUCUUCCUAUACAAAGAUCACGUUGAUGCAUAUCUUUUUCAUAGUUCCUAAGGCUUUAGUCUCCAAAGGAAGCAAAACUUGAAAGGCCUUCUUUUCAUUAUUUGAACAAGAAGAUGGAGAUUGUUUAUCAGCCUUAUAUUGACCCUGAGUUUGAGUCCCUUAUUGAACGAAUCAAUGCUCCAAGAGUUUGUAUCGAUAACGACACAUGCCAACACUGCACGGUUGUCAAGGUGGACAGUGCAAACAGGCAUGGGAUUUUGCUAGAAAUGGUCCAAGUUUUGACUGAUCUCGACCUUGUUAUAUCCAAAUCGUACAUUUGCUCCGACGGUGGAUGGCUCAUGGAUGUGUUCCAUGUGAGAGACCAGCUUGGGAAGAAAAUCACUGAUGAGACUCUCAAUCUUUACAUUCAACAGGAACUUUGUGAUACUAAGAUGAGAGGAGGGGUUCCAAAGGAAUUACAAACAUGUCAGAAAAGGAAGCUAAGGCCAUGCCAUAUCUCAACAGAGCAUACGGCCUUGGAGAUAACUGGAAGGGACCGGCCUGGCCUCAUGUCUGAUAUAUCUGCAGCCCUAUACGAAUUGGGAUGCCAUAUUAUGACAGCCGUAGCGUGGACUCAUAACGGCCGCAUGGCCUGCAUAAUUCAAGUGGAAGAUGGACUCAAAGGAGGGCCUAUCAUGGUUCAAAAACGACUGGCUCUAGUACAGGAGAAGCUAGAGAGUGUAGUUGAGGGCCAUCAUGAGAAUAGAGAUAAGAAGAGUGUACUGUUAACCGCUCCGGCAGCCGAUAGGACACAUACAGAACGGCGACUCCACCAGAUGAUGUACGCCGAAAAAGACUACGAACCAUGUCAGGGAUGUGAUGGCAGCUGCAGGUGCUGGAAUGGGUGUAAGAAGACUCAUGUGACAGUUGAGACUUGCAAGGAAAAAGGGUACUCGGUGGUGAACGUGAGGAGUAGGGACAGAAACAAGCUAUUGUUUGAUACAGUUUGUGCCUUAACCGACAUGCAAUAUGUUGUAUUCCAUGCAGCCGUCAGCUUAAAAGGCUCUAUGGCUAAUCAGGAAUAUUUUAUAAGGAGGCAGGACGGUUGCAGUUUGGCGUCAGAAACUGAAAGUCGUAAACUUGCACAAUGUCUGGUUGCGGCAAUCGAACGAAGAGUUUCCCAUGGGUUAAGGCUGGAUAUAUGUACUGAAAACAAGAUGGGGUUGCUGUGGUAUUUAACGAGGGUGUUUCGAGAAAAUGGGCUAUCAAUAACACGAACGGAGAUAGGAACACAUGGGGAAAGAGCAAGCGGAUGUUUUUAUGUUACGGAUGCUUCAGGGAAUGAUGCAAAUCCAAGGACAGUAGAAUUGGUGAGACAACAGAUUGGGGGAUCUGUUUUUGUUGUAAACAAGUCCCCCAAUUCUUCAUUAAGAAUCAGCAGAAGCAAUGGUGAAAUGGAAGACAGACCCAGAUUUUCGUUAGGAAAUCUCUUGUGGUCUCAGCUUGAGCGACUUACAUUCAGUUUCGGUCAUUAAAAGACCAAACUACCAUUUCAUGCUGUAACUAUGUCAUUGUCUGUACAUAAAUUUCUUCAUCUCUUGGAAUAAAUCAACAACUUACAUUGAUUCUUUCCCCAAAGCAA